AAUUAAAAUGCACAAAAUAAUUUUGCUUAUAUUUUGCGGCAUAUAUAUGGCCAAAUGUGCUGAGCACCCAAGCUGGUAUCCCGAAAACGUCAAUGAAAUAAAAAAACAGUGCGCUGAAGAAAAUAAUUUAACACCCGACUUUGGAAAUAUUUUAACAUAUGAACAGUUAGCAAAUAAUACUAAUGUACAUGCAGCUUACUUGUGUGCAGCCAAAGGUUUCCAUUUUUAUAGCGAUGACGAGGGUUUAAAUGUGGAUCGAAUGAUUUAUUUUUUCUUUAAAACAAGUACGAAAUGUAUUAGACGCAAGGCAAAGGAAUGUGUGGAAACACAUAAAGAAGUGAUCUCAACCGGUGAAAUGAUCUUUAAAUUACAUUAUUGCAUUUUAGAACUUUUCAAAGCACCGGAAACCGAAAAUUAAAAAAAGUUAAAAAUUUGUUAAAAUAUGUUAAAAUAUUAUGCAUACAAAAUUUCCAAUGUUGGAUAAUGCCUUAUUAAUAAAAUAUUUUUAUAAGUUUUUUAUAAUUCACAUUGUUGCUUAUUUUA